AUGCUCUCUGUCUCUCAUUCUCUCUCAAAUAAAUAAAUAAAAAUCUUAAAAAAAAAAAAAAAGGACCCCCCCCAACGUACCCCACUCUUCUUCAUCAGAGUUUCUUUACAGCCCUAACAUUCCCUCUGAAAUGACCAAGUUCGAGCAUGUGUCCGUUUGCCUGUGACUCUCUGGAGUUUAAGCUGCUGGAGGCUGGGAACUUGGUGGUCUCGUGUACUGCACAUAGCCAGACCCCACAACGGGAGGAGCUCAGAAAGUACUGGACGGAUGGCUAGGUGGCUGGAACCCAGAGGUAUUAAGGGACUUGUUCAAUCACAAAGCAGCAGCAGAGCAGGGCGCCAGCCAAGACAAUUGGACCCUGAACCUGGGGAUUUAAUCCGAGAGCUGUGUUGCCCCCACAAUAUUUGGUUAAGAGUUUGGCCACCUGGGUUGGAAUCCCUGCCUCACUGAUUUACUGUGUGUCCUUGGGCCAGGCAUUUAACUUCUCUGAGCCCCAGAUUACUCAUAUAUAAAAUAAGUACGUUAACAAUUCUAACUGUGGUUGAUUAAAUGAAAUGGUACCAGGAAAGCGCUAGCACAGGGCCCGCAGGAGUACCUGCUGGUAUUUGGAGCAGCAUAUGGUUAGCACCGCCUUCCUGCUUUGAGAGUUUAUAGAGAGUGGGGGCGAGAAGCUGGCCCCCCGACUUGCCUGCCUCCCCAGGCUGGGCACCUGGGUGUGCCAAGAGCGUCCCCCUGCUGGUUGGACAGGUUUUGGGGAGGGCAUGCAGAGGCGCAGGGCCCAGGCGGGGCUGGCCAGGGUUAAUUAGAGGGAGCUGGCGGAGAGGAGCUGGGGGAGAGGGGCUGAGCAGAGGCUGAACCUCCAAAGCCCCUGGAACAUCAGUUGGCGAGGCCAUGGGCCGGGGCUUAAAUUCUGCCAGACUCAGGCGCCAAAAACGGCGCCUGCGACUUCGGGUCCAGAAGCCCAGGCAGCAGACAGAGCGGCUGCAGCAGGAGAACCAUGAGCUCCGCCGGGGCCUGGCAGCGCGGGGCGCAGAAUGGGAGGCCAGAGCUGUGGAGCUGGAGGGGGACGUGGAGGCCCUGCGGGCCCAGCUGGGAGAGCAGCGCGCCGAGCAGCAGGGCAGUGGGCGUGAGCGGGCGCGGGCCCUCAGUGAGCUCAGCGAGCAGAACCUCCGGCUCAGCCAGCAGCUGGCCCAGGCCUCGCAGACCGAGCACGAGCUUCAGAGAGAACUGGAUGGCCUUCGGGGGCAGUGCCAGGCUCAGGUCCUGGCAGGAGCAGAGCUGAGGACGCGGCUGGAGAGUCUGCAGGGGGAGAACCAGAUGCUGCAGAGCCGCCGGCAGGACCUGGAGGUCCAGAUCCGACGCCUGCGUGAGGAGGUGGAGAAGGGCCAGGGCAGGCUACAGGCCACCCACGAGGAGCUGCUGCUACUGAGGCGGGAGAAGCGGGAGCAUAGCCUGGAGCUGGAACGCGCGCGCUCCGAGUCCGGGGAGGCAUUGAGCGCGCUGCGGAGGCUGCAGAGGCGCGUCUCGGAGCUGGAGGAGGAGUCGCGCCUUCAGGACGCCGACGUGUCGGUAGCCUCACUGCAGUCGGAGCUUGCUCAUAGCUUCGACGGCGACCAGGACCAGAAAGCGGACGGACGCAGGGACGCCCCGAACACUUGGUCCCCUGAGAUCCAAGAGGCGUCCAGCCACCAGCCUUCACCCCAAGAGGAGAGCCUGGAGCCUCCCAAGAAGCGAGCAUCUCUAAGGCCAGGGGAGAUACUAGAGGAGAAGAAGGCCGAAGUGGCCCGGCUGCAGGAUGAGAUCACGCUGCAGCGGGCAGAAUUACAGUCCCUGCGGGAGGAGCUGCAGAGGCAGAAGGAGCUGCGGACACAGGAGGACCCCGAGGAGGCCCUUAGCGGCGCCCUCUCGGAUCGGGAUGAAGCUGUGAACAAGGCGCUGGAACUGUCCCUGGAGCUCAGCCGCGUCUCUCUGGAGCGGGACUCGCUCUCCCGGGAGCUGCUUCGCACUAUCCGCCAGAAGGUGGCGCUGACGCAAGAGCUGGAGGCCUGGCAGGACGACAUGCAGGUGGUGAUCGGCAAGCAGCUGCGCUCGCAGCGCCAGAAGGAGCUGAGUGCGGCCGGAUCUGCCCCGCGUCGCGCCGCACCGCGCUUCUCGCUGCGCCUGGGCCCUGGGUCCGCCGGCGGCUUCCUGAGCAAUCUCUUCCGAAGGACCUGAAGGCUGGGCGAAGGAGGCCGCCCAUGCCCUCUGGUUCACUUUCCUCUUCUGGCCAGUGUAGCACCAGGGCCCUGAUUGUCUUCCAGAGGGGGUGCCCUCCCCGCCCCGGGAAGCUGGGCAAAGGCUCAAUGGGAGCAGGGGCCAGCUUUGGGGGCCAAGGGCCCCAGGUGGGUGGCGGGGCAGGUGAGGCAGAGCUGAAUUUUCAAUCUAUAUAGACCUAUAUUUUCUAAGCACCCUGGGUCUGCCAUGCUCCAGGGCAGAGAUGGGGGUCGGUAUUUAUGUAUCGAGAUCAAACAGAGUAAUAUAUAAAAAUCAUUACACCGAC